AUGGCCUCCCUACACUACCUCCCUCCCGUCAAGCCCUCUGCCAUCGCCCUCGGCACGGCCUUCAACCACGCCGUCUCCCUCGCUGUCCUCGGCCCCGUCUUCGGUGACGCAUACCGCCGCGCACAGCAGGCCAACUCCAAGGAGGAGUACUUCCACAGCAAGGAGGCCGCUACCGCCGCCGCAUCGUGGGGUAGCUCCGUCCUCGGCUCUGGUAUCCAGGCCUACGGUGUCGGUGCUCUGAUCAACGCUACCGGAACUCUCACCUACAAGGGUGCUGCUUACCUCGGCUCCCUGAUCUUCUUCGCCUCCGCCGCUCCCUCCAUUGUCUCCCAGGUCGUCACCGAGAAGCGCCCCAUGGACACCAUCGCCAUUGGUGCCCUUGCCCGCGUCCUCGAGACCGUCGGUCUCAGCAUGUUCCUCACCUACUGGGGAACCCGCACCAACCCCUUCGACUAA